GUGAAUGAUGAUUUCAAAGCAAAAGAAAUGAGAAGAUCAGAACGUUUACGCAUGACACAUAUAUUUGAACUGUCUCGUUUAUUGGCAAUGGCUUUAUUAGUUUUGUUAUACUGCUCCAGUUAUCAUUGUUAUAUUGAACUUACAAAGGACGACGGUUCGAAAUUGGACGUUCUAUACGCCCUGUAGGUUUGGUUGGAAAGAUACUGCUAGUCACAUGUUCAAUAAGCUCUAAACGUGUUUUUGAAGCUGAAGGCUUUUACAAUAGCAGUUAAUCCAGCCAUUCAAUCGUGCUGUUAAACUCUGGUAAUAUUUUAAAUCUCAGAACAAAUUAAAAGCACAAUCUCCCAGUUUUGGGGAAAUGGCGCCAGAAUUUCAAAAUUUCCCUCAAAUCUUGAUGAAGUUCAUUUGAUUUUGAGGAUUACUCCAAAAUUCCUUAAAACGUCCACAAACGUGAGAAAUACAUUUACGGCAAAAUAGUAAUGCCAGGCAAAGUUGAGAAUACCUAUUAUAAAAACAAAAUUUAACAGUUUUAUCACAUAAGGCGUAACAUAAUUAACUGGUUUCCAUGUUCAACUGCUGGGUAAUGUACUUGCAACUUGUUAGAUAUAAUUCGAGGAAUAUCUUGCAAUAUGUUUUUUUAAUCAUCUCGUAUUUCUAAUAUAAUCCAGAGUGGUUGAAGGUCGUUUGGUUUUGAGUUUUUACAACCUAUAAAUUCAAGUUUAGAGCUUUUAUCAGCGGCAGCAAAAUAACAAUAGAGAAGGCGGCUUGCUUGCGUACUUUCAGAAUCCACCUGUCCUAUUCUGUUAUUUCCGAGAGUAGCUUGCUUAUUAGUUACUUAUUAUGACUUAUUGUGCUUUCAAACCUAGGGACUGGUUCUUUUACCGAAGAUCCUGUUUUGUAAAACUACUACCCUCUGUUAAAUUUAUUUUGACAAGCUGUGAUGUUUUGUUCCUUAAACUCUCAUCUCCACAGUCCGAUUUUGCAAAACACAUAUUGGUACUACUUUGAACACUUCCUCCGCAUACGAAUUAUCUCUAAUCUAUACGAAAACCGAUCAAAGGAAAGACAUUACAUUUGUCCAGAUAAUUUUACGAUAUAUGUUUUAAUUCAGCUGCCAUAGUUAUUAUACUUAACGUCUGUAAUCCAAUGAAUUCUUCAAAUGUUGAUCUCCUGUGCACCGGGAACGAGGGGAUGUCUUCAUAUCUGCUACAUAGUAAUAACUGUCACAAUAGUGAUGGUGAAGUACUGGAAUCCCUGCUGCAGAAAAUCCAUAGCCUGGAAAAAGAACGUCGGAUUCUCAAGCUUCGUCUGGAGGCUGUUGAGAGUGAUUAUGAUGCUCAAGUAAAAGAACUACAGACGGAUAUAAUUGCCAUGCGUAUAGACCUAAAAAAGGAAAAGAAAAUGUGUAGACAGAUGGAACGUGAGAAAAAUACUACUAUAUCGGAGCUAAUGCAACAGAAUCAAUCUUUAACUUGUCGGCUUAAUACUUCCAGUGAGAAUGAAGCUCUUUUAAGAGAGGAAAUGUCUACCUUGAGGUUGGAAUUUUUAAAGCACAAGUCGUCUAUGCAAGAACAUGUUCAGUCAAUCGAGUCUUUGAGACAAGAAAUCACUAAAUUACGUGAGGAGAAACAUCACUUAGAAAACCAGUUAAACACCGUUGUGGAGGAAAGAAAUAGCCUUCUACAGUCACUCAAUGAUUCUUAUCAAGAAAUAAGAAUGAUGAGACAUGUGAAUAACGAACACAUCGCUACCAUAAAUAUUCAAGACGCAGAGAUUACAAGACUUCAAGAGACAGCUAGUAUACUUCACAACCGGCUCCAUAAAUUGUCGAUCCAAACAGGUGAACAGAAAUCUAGUAGUAAUGAGGAUGAUCGCGUGAAAACAGUAGACUCUCAACCACAUCGUUCUUUAAUGGCUGAACUGGCUGAGCAAAAAAUGAUUCAAGCAGAGAAUUAUAAUUGUUCGCCAUUUACUCUGGAGGAUGAUGACAAUGUGGAGUUUGAAAUGGAUGACGAUACAUACAUGGCUUACUUAUCAUGUUUUGAUCAGGAUAUUAUUUCAGAUAGUUUGGUACCGUCUGAUUCACACAAUAUUCCAUUGGAAUCUUCUAAUGUGAAUACGAAGGAAACAUUUAUAAACGAGCUGAGAUCGGAAGUAACGGAAAUUUAUCAGCAGAUGAACCGAAUGUGUGUGGAAUUAUGUGCUCUUACUGGAACGAAACAAGAAUCUUGUAGUAAAGUUGGUACGCAUACUCCUGAUGAAUUGGCCAUGGUUGAAAUGGAUUUUCGUUUGGGCUCAUUACGUUCUGUAUUGACUGAUUUACGUGGACUGCUGAAAGAUUUGAGGAUUGAUAUUCCAGAACAGCCUACAUCAUCAAACUUAUCUAAAGAUACAGUAAUGUCAGAUGAAAAAAAAACAGAAACAAUUGAACCUCUUCGUAUGUCCAGUUCAACUAAUGUGCAAGAUAUUCCACUUGCUAAUUAUGAAAUGGAAUGUCAACUUGUUCGUUCAGAACGUGAUGCACUUGCAGCUGAACUAUUGAAUGCACAACAAGAACUACUUGAACUCAAAAGUCAAAUUGAAAAUAGUUCAGGAAACUCUAGUGAAGUGCAAAAUUUGCAAAACACUAAAGGAAAUAAUUUUGUUGCUAACUGGGAGGAGUUUGAAGAAGAAAAAUACGAAUUUGAAAUGCCUCUCUAAAUGAUCCAAUUUUAUUGAAUCUUGUAUUGUUCAAGACUAUCAUAACUGCUGCAUAAUUUAAUACAAUGUUUGUUUCCUGCUUUUUUCUCUCGCUUAGUCAUAUGUGCGUGUCGUUUAUUCGUCACUAUGAUUAUGACUAUAAUUAUCGUUUUCGUGAACAACCAAAUCAAUUUGUUUUUAAUAUGUUUUUCUUCUAACAAAAAUAUUCUGUGAUCUCAAACUGAUUGCAUUUAGUAUUAUUUUCCUUUUAUAUCUCUUGUUACUUAUACUGUCAUAAUUAAAUACUCAAUGAUUUGAAUUAAAUGUGUUUCUCAAACUUCAGUAUUACGCGUUAUUACAUUACCAUAACUUACAAAUAUAUUAAAAUGUGUUUAUCACUUUGACAAAUGAUGGGGUGAAAUAAAGUUGUUGCAUAUAGAGUAUUAUCUACUAUGAACUGUUACUUUGAUGAUUCAGAAAUCCAUUUUGUUUGACAGAAGUUACUUUUCUAAGUUAUUGUAUAAUCGUUUGUACUAUUUAUUGAUUUCGAUAUUUCAACUACGGAUAUGUCAUGCCAACUGAUUGGCGAGUGAUGACUUAUAUCUAUGUAGUUUUAUUUGGUUUAAUUCACAAAAUUGGCAUACUUAUAAUAGUAGAUAUUUCGAAAUAACCAUGUAUGUGAACUAGUACAUCUAACAUUGUAAUAACCGUUAUGUAUUAAUGAUGUAAGUUAUUGACACAAACAAACUUGUGUAACAAGGUUCAUAAAAUUUCAUUUAUUAUUGCCAUUUUAAACAGUUUCUCAUAAAUAUUUAAAUUUACUCUCUAUUCGCCAAAUUAUCAUGGAAUCCGUUAGACAAACUAUAACAAUAAAUAUCAUGUAAAUAUUAGUGGG